AUGACCACCGAACUAGAAUUUCCCUGCACACUAACCCUCGACAUCCCCCUCCCCACCGCGCGCCUCGCCUCCGCCGCCCUCUCCGCCCUCUCCGUCGACGCCGAGCUCUCUCCCCUCGUCCUCCGCACCUUCUCCCUCGUCUCCCCCUCCCCCUCCUCUUCCGCACCCAAAUCCAUCCUCCGCACCUCCUACCGCGCAACCACAAACCGCAUGUUGCGCGUGGCCGUCAACGGGUUCAUGGAGAGUGUAUCCGUCGUCCUGGGGGUCAUGGAGGAAUUAGACGUUGAUGUUCUGGAGAGUGGGGACUCCAAGGCACAGGUUGAUUCUUGA